AUGAUCGCAACAUCAACGCUAGUCGUUGCUCAAGACUGUACAGUGGCUGAACGCUCCACAAUUUCUAGCAUCUACAACUCGACAUUAGGCGGCUCAUGUCCAAACACGACAGCGACCACGGGCAAUGGCGACUACUGCUCUGACGCAGACUGCGUCAACUUCAUGUCUGACAUGCUCGAGAAGCUCCCAGAUUGCUCGAUGGAUGGCAUCAAUGUUAAGGAACGCGUUCAAGCUGUUGUUGACUUUUGUGAUACCAAAAGUGUCGACACAUCCGACGCUUCCACCAACUCGGCGACGAUGAGCCCUUCAUCAGGCUCAGCCGUCCCAACAGCAGGCACGCAUUCGAGCGACCAGGUCACUGAUGACACGACUCCGUCUACAACGGCUUCGUCAACGUCAUCAUUUGGCUUUGCCAUUUCCACCGCUACUCUUGCAACAACAGCUUUUCUUGCUGGACUGUAA